UAAAAAUACAUAAAGAUGGAUCUUGAAAACUGUACAAAGAAUUUAGAAAAUUCCUUAGAAGUGAAACCAACAAGUAAAGAUGCUUCUAAUUGUAACUUUCAUGUCGGCGAAUUUCAAACAUUAUUAACUAAUGAACUAAACGAUAUGGAACCCACCAUGAAUCGCCUAAUUGACAAGCAUAACUGCUCAUCGGAAAUAGACAUGAAAGGAAAUGGAACGCUAAAUAUUAAUGACGGCAAACUAGACCAAAACAUGAACGUGAAUGGACCCUUAAUUGGGGUAACUGCGCCUGACGUAUUACACCCAUACUUUGUUACUGUAAAGCACAAUACGACGAAACUCCCAGUGGAACUCGAUGCUCCCAACGAAUUCACAAUUUCACGAAAACGAUCAAUUCAAGCAUUAUGCCUUGAAAUUAUACCUCUUAAACGUAAACGCUAUAUUCGUGAUACGAAUAGUUUAAGCAAUAAUUGCGAGAGGCUGUCAAAGGGAGACGCAGUCCUCAAUUUAGAAAAAAAUUUGAAUCAAUUUAAUAUAAAUGACGAUGAAGUAACAAUGACGAACAAUGAAAUGGAGAAUUUGGAAAAUCGACAAUUGAAUACAGCAUCGAAAGCUUAGAGAAGACAUCGGAUACAACUCAGCAGAAUAAAACGGAAUUAUCAAAAAGGAC